CCUCCUCCCUUCCCUGUUACAUGAGUUUCCAUUGGAAUGUUACUUACUCAAGCAACAACUGACUUGUCGAAAAAGUACUUUGUUAUUCGAUACCAACGCGGUGAGCACGUAAAACACGCAUGGCGUUCUCAUUGUCUCACCAUACAGUAAAGGGGCUGUUCCUCUUAAUGCAGCAUAAGGUUUUUCUGUGCGAUUGUUUAAUGAUUUUGAGGCGCUAUUGUACUUUUAUAAUAAAUAAAGAAUCUCAAGGUGAAAGCUUGGUCUGAGACUGGAGCAGGGCUUUUCAGACCUGGUCACCUCUCCCCAGGACACUCUUCUACCCAGGAUGCAGUGGGGUUUGUGUGUGCUGCCGUGUCUGGGGCACGGGGCCUCUGGGCCGCCCAUUCAGCUGGAGCCCUUUUGUUCUGGGUUAGGUCACAGUUGGCCCUCCAGCCGUCCAUCUCUCAUUUCGGUCUCUGCAUCAACGACGUCAAGUCGUGUACACAUACACACACACACAUUCAAUUUCUUUGUCUCUCACACACACACACACACACACACUCUCUCACACAUGCGCACACACACACUCUCACACACACCAUGUGUCUGUUUCCUGGGCUGUGUGACUCUUCCCAGGCUGUGUGUGCCGUUUGAGUAGCGCGGUAACCUUGGUGACGCGGUGAAAACAUGCUCUCUGGCAGCUAUACUGGGUUGUCCUCGUCUCUGUGGGACUCCUGUCGUGCUUUGUCGUGUGUGUUUGACUGAAUGAUGUGUUUUUUUCUGUACGUGUGAUUGGACGUGUUUGAGGGUGUGUGUGUGUUUUUCCGUGGUUGUUGUGCGUGAGUCAAGUCUGUCCAUGGAGUGCCUGGGGUCUUUGAAGUGUACAGAGAGGGGCCAUUAGGCCCGCUUCCGCAAUUUCCCCCAGGGGAUUAAGAAAGUACCUCCUCCUACGACAAACCACUAUUAUUGCUCUGGAGUGGAGAGAGUUCAGCUUGGUCUGGUGUGUUAUUCUGUCUCUGACCCUGGUCCUCGGGCCUUCCUGGAAGCAGACCAGGGGUUUAGUGCUGGAUUAACAGACUGGCAUGUCGCCGGCCCUCUCUGGGUUAUUUACAGGCGGCUUGAUUCAAAACACGGCUCCCGUACUGAACACCACUCAGGCCUGUCAGAGUCAGUCUGCUUCCUGUCUGUCAGAUUAGGGGGGGGUGACGGAGGAUCACAGGUAGUCGAGUUGAGCGUGUGUAUUGUGACGUGGGCCUAUGUGUGUUUUGACUCGUGUGUGUGUGUGUGUGUCACGACCUGCUUGUGUGUUUGUUAGGACCCACUGUGUGUUUUAAUAUGUUUUUGUUGUUGUCUUUUUGGGUUUAUGGGGUUUGUGAGUCUGUUUGUGAGUGUUGGCGUGAAGAGGCCCCCUGUGGAGAAGCCUAGUGGUUUAGGGCGGGAGGUGGCAGCACUGCCUGCUCUGGGUGCCAGGGGAUGAAGCUCUGGGUGGCACCAGUCUGGACCAGAGGAGACCUGCUGCUCUCAUCUCCAAUCUGACGGCCCCCACCGUAACCCAGUCAAAGGCUGCCUAACCCACGACCUCCAUCAUCACCCCCCACUCCAACCUAGCCUCUCCGGCCCCACGGAGGGUUCACCUGACAUGGGCCGGAGCCGGAGCCCUGCCCUCCUGUCUGGAAGAGAGAGCGCUGGGGACGACGGUGGCGGCAGCAGCCGGGACACAGAUCAAUGCAGCGACAGUCGCAGCUAGCGGAUUUGGGUCUGAUUGAAUGUGCGGUGGAGAGGGAGGAGGAGAGGAGCGAGCGAGGGAGGAGGAGGAGGAGGAUUAGAGGCUUAGGGCUAAGCUAGGUACACCCUGCCCAGCUCUGCUAUCCUCCGCUCUGACCGGGAAGAGCUCAGUCUCCUGUGCUCUCCAGAACAGAUACGCUCAACGCUGCCAUGGCUGGCCGAAGGACUACCACGGGACAGCCCCCAGCUCGUUUGUGAAGCCCCUUGUGGAGCCUGUGUGUGCGUGCGCUUGGUGGACCGGUCCGGUGGUGAUCCAGCAGCACAGAGCCAGACCCCGAACCAUGAGGGACCCGUGUCGGGUGUGUGGCGUGCGCAUGGCGGGCAGCCAGUGUCGCUGGAUCUUCAGCUCCACCGGGAGCAGGAAGCUGCAAGUGGUCCUGUCCCACGUGCUGGGCCGGGAGGUGGCCCGCGACGGGCGCAGCGAGUUCCUGUGCGGGAAGUGCGUGUUCCAGCUGGAGAAGGUGGUCCAGCUGGACGUGGAGAUGGGCCGGCUCCUGGAGGAGCACGGGGCCCAGCUGCAGAAGCUGCAGGCCCAGAAGGACCACCUGGCCCAGUGCAUCGCCCACGUCUACACCCGCAACAACCCGGCCGGGGAGAGGGGAGGCGGGGACGGCGGCGGCCAAAGCAGGAUCGCCCUCCGGAGGUCCUCUGGAGGGGGUAGCCCCGAGGAGGGCCAAGGCCUGGCAGGAGGGCAGCACACCUUGGAGAGGCAGCAGCAGAGAGAGGCAGGGUGGCUGUCCGGGGGCCGCGUGAGGAGGUGUGCGAGUCUGGACAUCCUGGGCGGGACCGGGGAGGCCCACGGGCGCUCGACCCCCAGGAAGCACUCCGGAUUUGGGGCGGGGACACCAAGCGAACCCCCUGUGAAGAACCCUGGUUUCCGGUCGGCAAAGCUCCGCUCCAAGAGCAUGUACCUGGACCUGGUCCAGCGGAAGGUCACCCGCUCCACCUCUCUGCAGUCCCUGAACCCAGACCUCGCCCCUGACCCCCCCGCGGGGGCCCCCGCCUCCUCCGACCCCCCAGCUCGGAGACAACAGCGUAAGUCAAAGGUGUGGAGACUCGAAGAGAAGGCCCCCUCCUCCGAGACGCCCACCAGACCUCCGCCGGGAGGACCUUCCCCGGGGAAGCUUCCCAAGCCCCGCCCGGGCCCGCCGCCCCCGUCCCAGCCCUCGGUGACGGCCGAGCUGCUCCACCUCCUGCGCUCCAUCCCCAGGCGCCCGGUCAAGGCGCCCCCAGAGAGCCGGCUCCCCCAGCUCCGGAGGCUCACGGCGGGGGCUGCCCCACCCAGCGGCCGCCUCACCCCGGGGCCUGGGGCCAGACGCAGGCACAGGGAGGCCGAGUGGAAGUCCCUCCACGACCUCACCGAGGAGUUCAACGACGACUACGCCCCUCUCAAGGCAGAGGUAGCCGUGCGCUGCACGCGUCGGACCAAGAUCUUCCGUAGAAUAGAGGUCGCGGUGGAUUAACGUGUGUAACUGGCUGGUCUUGAAUGGUCUUAGACUUGAUUGAGGUUGUCCACUGGUUUAUUUGUGUGUGUGUGUGUGUAGUAUUCUAGAGGCAGGCGCACAGAAGCUCCGAAACGUCUCUCUGUGAGAUGUUCAAAUCAAGAGCAGCUUUCGUCGUGUCUCGCUGGACCCAGCCCGGGUGUUCCAGCCUUCCAUCCCUGGUUCUCCUUCAGUCAGCCCUGACCUCCCUGUGUCCGGUCUCC